AGCAGUUUUUCCAUCAGGGAGAAAAAGGGUGCGUUUGCGUUCAGAAUAUGGAGCAAAGGAAGAUGAGCAGCAGCCAUGAAAACUACAGCAACAGCAACUCGUUUAUAAGAGACGAUGACGAGGGAUAUAAACAGGGCCGGUUUUGGGCCUGUGCGGGCUGCCCAACCGCACAUGGUCCAAUUUUUGGCCAUCAAAAUUUACAAGACGACCCUGAAUAUAAAGACGUACCGAUUCAUAGCCAAGUGAUGAAGAUAAAGCGAGAGUUUGAGAUGAUCAAGCAUCUAUCGCUGCAGCAGUCGGAUAUAAGGCGAGAGAUCAGCAGGCAAAGGUCCCGCUCCCCUCUGGGGUUAGCCGAAAGACCCAUAUCUGUUGGGAAUUCUUAGAUAGUAUGGAACUUCACCUGUAGAAAAACAAGGAAGAGAAAUGGCCGGCAGGUUUUUAGGAUUACAAACAAUUUUCUUUUAAUCUUGUUUUGUGUUUUUCCUUCACCUUUUGGAUCUUUCUUCUUCUAUCUGUUGUAGAUAUCCUCCAACAUGCUUAUGUAAAAACCUUUACUCCUCCUCCUUUGUUCAUAGUAGUUUUUCUUAUAUAAAUAGCAUACGGCAUAA